GUCACAGUCCUAGUGACAGCUCACACAAUCUCCGGACCUUCCAGGAGAGAGCAGGCUGGGGGGGCUCACACCAGCAGGGGCUACUGCAACGGACAGCUUGGUAUAGGGGAAGAAAGAUUAGAAAGACAUGUGGUCAGUAAAGUGUCUGAACCCACACAAGCAACUGUAAAAGAGAAGUUCAGCCCCCUAAAGCAGAGGUCUCCCCCCGCCGGCCGCCCCCACCUGUCCCUAGAGGAAAUCAAAGACGCAGAUCGAGCGGCACAGAAAGAGAAGCUGCAUGAGGAGCUAAAGAAAGUUUUACUACUGAAAGGACAAAGAAACUCGGCAGAGACAGAAGAACCAAAGAUGGAGACUAAAAUCCACAUUACUGAGGAGAAGUUGAGAGCCUCGGAGAUGGUGGAGGUUAUUGUAGAAACUGAGGCUCAGUCUGGAAUGAGUGGCAUCAGCAUCUCUGGAGGAGGAAAGGAUGGACUGUUCAUAUCAGAUGUCCUCAAAGACUCCCCAGCUGCCAAAAAUCUGCCUUUGCAAGAAGGGGACCAGAUCAUCAGUGCCCGAGUAUACUUUGAGAACAUUAAGUAUGAAGAUGCAUUAAAAAUCCUACAGUAUGCAGAACAUUACAAAGUCUCCUAUUGCCUCAAGAGAACAGUGCCGUCUAGUGAUGUCACAGUGUCAUCAGAAUCUGGGACUGUAGAGGUCAAAGGCCCAAAGGCCAAGAUGCCAAAAAUGUCUGUCAAAAGCCUUACACCUGUGAAGAAGAAAAAAAAGAAGGUGCCAAGUCAAGUGAAGGACUCCGAGGUUUCAAUGGAGGCUGUGAAAGGCUCUGAACUAUCUGUUGCCAAUAUGGACAUUCCACCAGUAGAUGUUGAGUUCUCCUUCCCCAAAUUCUCCAAGCUACUAAAAACAAAAGGUGGUGCAGAAGGUGAAGCUUUCACCAAGACUACAGAGGUUUCCACAACUGAAGAACAGAAAGGGCUAAGGAUGAAAUUCCCACGAUUUAGGCUCAAGGAUACUGCUGGAAAAGUUUCUGUAGAUGAACACAAAGCAAAAGCCAGAGCAGAGGGCGAGGUUAAAGAAAAAUCUUCAUCCAAAUUUGGUAUUUCUGUUCCGAAAAUGAAAAAAAAUAAAAUGGACGUGACCGUAUCAAAGUCAGAUGUUGAUGUGUCUAUGACAAAGGCUGCAAUUGAAACCAAAGAAGAAACUAUUUUUAAGGCACCUCAAGUAGAACUUGACAUACCUGUUUGUGCUAUAAAAACAGAAGCACCAGAUAUUCCUGAAAGGUUUAAAGUACCUGGGCUGAGCACUGCUGUUAAAAUGCCAGAUGUUGAAAUAAAGAUGCCAACAGCUAGUGUUGAAUUGGAAGCUCCAGAAGCUAAGUUCAGCAUUCCCCAACUGCCAAAAGUUGGCAUUUGUACACCUCAUAUGGAAAAGGAGCAAGAUAUUGCUAUUCGGGUUGAUAGAAGGUCUAAAACAGAAAUCACAUUACCCUCAAUUGAAAUAGCAGCACCUAAAGUGGAUGUAGAUCUGAGUCUGCCAAAAGUUGAAGGAGCUGUAGAGGUUGAGCCUCCCGAAAGCACUAGCCAUGGUUUUCAAAUGAAACUGCCAAAAUUUAGCAUGUCUAGCAAAACUCCAGAAACUGGUUUUAGAGCAACACCACCAGAAAUAAAAAAAAAUAUUGAGGUGAAAGUUUCUGAUGAUAAGCUAAACAUGUCAUCUAUAAAAACACCACAAAUUGGUAUUUCUAUACCUAAAGGUAAAGUGGAAGGAGAAAGUCCUGAUGGUCAAAGCAAAAGUGCCAUAAGAUUGCCAUCUCUUGAAAUAUCUGCUCCAAUACUGGAUUUUGAUGUAAGUGUCCCCAGGCUGGAAACAAGUGACAUUGCUGUUGAACAAGUUGAAUUUCCAGAUGUAACAUUAAAAAUGCCAAAAAUAAGCCCCCCUGGAGUACGCAUGAAAGUUAAGGAUGCUUAUGCUGCAAGAGCCCAUAUGGGCGAUGCAAAGACAGAAAAGUCUGAAGCAGGGGGCACAGUUGAAAUACCUGAUGUGAUGAUUCAAAUGCCAAAACUUAGCCUACCUAAAGUGGGCUUAAAAGGUGAUAAGCAGGAGGAGGAGGUAGCUGAGAAAGGCGAAGAUGAGGAGUUUAAAUUGAAAGGGCCUAAAAUAAAGUUGCCCAGCUUUGGAAUUUUGUCAUCCAAGGAGAAAUCAGAUGAUGCUCCAGAAAAAACAUCUACAGAAUUGGAAGGGAAACUAAAAUUUCCCUCUGUUAAGUUGCCAUCUGUUGACAUUUCAUUACCACAAGUCCAAGUCACUGAGCCAAGUAAGCUGGAAGUUACAGCUCCCUCAGCUAAGGUAGAUAUUAAAGCCUCUAAGCUGGAAAGCCCAGACUUGAAGCUCAAAAUGCCGAAAAUCUCCCUACCCAAGUUAGAUGUUUCUACAAAGCUUAGUAAACCUGACGCAUCUCCUCCGAAAGUGGGAAUCCACAUUCCAAGCAGUGAUUCAAAAAUAAAAGGUGACGUGACUGUAAAAGAAAAACAAAUCAUCCCUGAAUUGGAUAUUUCUAUUCCCAAGAUUAAACCUGUUGACUUUGGCAUAACAUUACCUAAAUCUGAUGACAGCAUUUUGCUGGAGAAGCCAAAAUUAGCAAUGAAGCUUCCAAAAGUGGAGUCUGAUGCAAUAGCAUUUGAUGGGAAAAUGGGAGACUCAAAAAUUGGUCUUCCCUCUUUUCAAAUGCCUGCUCUUGAGAUAGAGACCCCAAGUCUUCAGGUUGACUUUAACCUUCCAAAAAUGAAAACUGAUGAAUUUGAAUUUAGUGAUGAAACGGAGGCUAAAUUCCAAAUGCCCAAAUUAAACCUUCCUAAACUGAGUGAUGUAGCCAAAGAUAUGGCUGUAGAACUUGAUGUUCCAAAGAUCACAGGUGAUUUGUCUUUACGACAUGUUACUGCAGACACAAAGGUACCUGGACUGGAUGUAGAAGAUAAAGGUGUGAAAAUGAGCUUACCAAAAGUUGAGAUUGGAUUAGGGAAAGUCUCUGAACUAGAAGUUGGUGAGCGCAAGCAAAAAGUUGAUGUCAAGCUCCCUAAAGUAAAACUGGAAAAGCCUGAUGUGGAAGAUGUAGGAGCUACAAUGAAGUUUCCAUCAGUCAAACUUCCUUCUGUUGAAAUCACUACGCCCAGCAUUCCUGAUGUAGACUUUGAUACCAGUGUACCAAAAGUUGAUGUGUCCAGUGAAGCGGAAGCUAAAUGGAAAGGUCCAAAAUUUUCUCUUCGCAAAUUUGGCAUUUCAGGCCAUAAAGUGAAAAAAGUUGGCGAGGUAGAUAUAAAAACAUCACACACAGAGAAAGAUACAGAGAUUGCAAUCAAAGGACCAAAGUUGAAAAUGCCUAAAUUUGGAAUGGUGUUCCCAAAAGCAAAACAGGAUGUUGAGGCUGAAGGAGACAAAAAAGCUAGUAAAGGAAAGUUGGAGUCCUUUGAAUUAUCCACUGAUGGGAAAGUAAAGCUCCCAUCCAUUGAACUACCUACUAUUGACAUCAAGGCUCCAAAGUUGGAGGUAGACAUUGCAGUUCCAAAAUUUGAAGAAUCUCAAAUCUUGGACAAACCACCUGAAAUAAAUAUUGACAUUCCAGAUACAAAGCUGAGCCUUCCCAAAUUUUCUUUGCCAAAAUUUGGAAAGGGCAAAGGAACUGAUGAAGACACAGAAUCAGAAAAAGUAAAAAGUGCAGUCUCUCCAUCUAAAAAAACAAAGACUGUUGAGGUUUCUGCUGAACUCGGUGACGGUAGCAUUGAGGCCAAAGGAAAAGGCAAAGAAGUGAAAAUGAAAAUGCCAGCAAUCAAGAUGCCUUCAUUUGGAAUGUCAAAGAAAGAUGCUGAUAUCACUGAAGCAAAAGUGGAGAUCAAAACUCCUGAUGAUAAAACUAGAAAAGCAAAAGAAACAAAACACGAUGAUGGAAAAAUGGCUUUUAUUAAAAUGCCUAUGUUUAAAAUGUCCUCUCCAAAAGUGCAGACAUCCAAAGCUGAUGUUACACUAAAAGGUUCAAAAGAAGACCUUCACCUGCCAGACAUUCAUGUGAAAGUACCCCAAGUUACACUGCCUUCUUUUGGCAUAAAGGGUGAUCAAGCAGCAGAAGCUACUCUUUCAAAAACAGAGACAACGAUAUCAGAGAGACUGGAAAGCCUUGAGGUUCAGCUUAGUGAAAAGGUGAAGAUUCCCUCUCUGGAGAUCUCUACUCCACCAAAUGUUCCCGCUUUGCAAAUUUCAGUACCAUGCGUUAAACCAGAUAUUUGUGCCUCCUUGCCCAAAGCAGAAGUUGAUGUUUCUGAUGCAGAUAUUAAAAGAUAUGAAGGUGAUUUAAAAAUACCCAAAAUACAUUCCAUUGAUGUCUCUUUUCCAGAUGUAGAACUGGACAUUGGAUUACCCAAAGCAACUGUGGACACUACUUUAGCACAUAAAACUAGUCGUAGCCUGGAAAAGUCAGCUGCAAAAUCGUCAAUGCCAAAGAUUGAACUGCCAAAGUUUGGAGAGCCAGAAGCCAAAGAGGACAGCAGCAUGAAAGGGUCAAAAAUUAAAAUGCCACAUGUGGACAUUUCAUUUCCCAAAGUUAAAUUAGAUGAAGAAGACAUACCAUUUAUUGAGAGUGAACUUAAAAUGCAUGGUUCAAGUGCUGAAACAAGAUCUACUGAAGCCGCAUUCACUUUGCCUUCUGUAGAGUUACCAAAAAUGUCUACUCCCAAAAUAAGGGCUCCAGAACUUGAGCUAGGUGUCAGCCUAAGCAAAGAUGAUGUAAAAUUUGGAGACACGUCAAAGACACUAAAAGCAGAUUUAGACAUUUCUGAAGGUGAACAACAUGAGCUAAAACUCAAGAUGCCAAAAAUAAAGUUACCUAAAUUUGGAAGUCACAGUGCUGGUGUGCAAGAAGACACGGUCAAAAUAGAUGCUAAGGCUUCCAAACAAGAGGAAGGUUCAGAUUCAGGGAUUAUGGGCUUUAAAAUUAAAAUGCCUAAGCUUCAAGUAGGAUCUCCUAAGGAAAAAUGGGAUGUUGAGAAAGAAGGUGACCAUAAAGUGUAUGUGAAAGGUGAUGCAAAAGCUUCAGAUCAUGAAGAUUCUGAAAAUGGGCGACUGUUCAAUAUCAGGAUGCCUUCAUUUGGAAUUACCAGGGACAGUGCAGAUGCUGCUACUGAGCCACUGCAACCAUCUGAGGAAGGUACAAUGUUCAAAAUGCCAAAAAUCUCUUUGCCUGAUGUUGGAUUUUCAGGAAGUGAUAGUGGGGCAUUGGUGUCUUCAGAAGGUGGUCAAGCCAGUACUAUGGACAGAAUCAAAAGCACCACAUCAUCAAGCAUUGAAAAUUUAGAAAUAGAUUUGGGCAUGAAAAUGCCAAAAAUCAAGAUGCCAACAAUUGGAUUACCAGGAAGGAAGCGAGAUGAUGAAAUGGAGAUGUCACUUAAUGAGGAGUCAGAGACGAAGAAGUCUUUCCUUAAGAUGCCAGAUGUGGAAUUUUCAGCUCCAAAGAUCAAAGCACAUGGUGAAUAUGAAGUGGAUAGUGCAAAACUGGACACAGAAGGAAGUGAUUCUUUAAAGAAGAGUGGUAAAACCAAGGGGGAACACAAACAUCAUGGCACUACGGAAAAUGAUUCUGAAAAGAAACUCAACAUGAAACUCCCCAAGGUUGCAGUCAGUUUACCGAAAGAUGUGUCUGCUAAUAUUGAGCUUUCUGCUCCCAAACUAAAGUCAGAUACGAAUGACAAUGACAUAACUUUGAAAAGUUCAAGCCACAGGGAAGAUCACGAGGGAAAAAAAGCCAAAAAGACUUUCUCUCUUGGAAGAAAGGAUAAAACUACAUCUGAUCUAGAUAGAAGUUUAGAAAUUGAAGGACUAGACCUGAAGAUAAAGUUACCAAAAAUAAAAAUGAAACCUUCUUUCAGUCGUUCACGAGGAAAGGCAAAGGGGGCAGAAGUAAAUGGAGAAUCUGAUGCUGCAGAUGCUGAUAUUGGUGCUGAUGGCUCAGGGAAGUCUUCGAAGAUUAAAUUUCCCAAGUUAGGGUUUUCCUCCUCAAAGGCACAUUCUGGAGAGAUCAAUGUAAAUGGAACUGGUUCCUCUGGCCACCUGAAUGGGGAGAAUGAGAUGUCUGUCCAAAAUGGAUCUCAGGAUGGGGUCUUGAAGGUUGGGAAACUCAGGUUUCCUAAACUUGAAUUUUCGUCACCAUACAAAGGCAAAGAAAUAGACUCUGAAAUGAAUCUAAAUUUGGUGAAGAAGGAAGAGCUAGAUUCUAAAGAGGAAACAAAUGAGAGCUCCUUCUCGAGCAAAUUUAAAUCUCCUAAAAUAGCCUUCUCUGGUUUCAAGAAAAAAGAUAAAGGUGAGUAUACAGCAGCAGUGGAAAACGUUGGGGAGGGAGACUCAAAAUCAGGAAGAGGUCGCAUUUCACUUGGAUUCUUGUCAAGUAAAUCCAAAGGGGAGUACACAGUGGACAAUACUGGCAUAGAGGAUGACACAGAGGGGAGCACCAGCAAAGACAAAUCAAAUAAAUAUAAGAUACCUAAAUUAUCCCUGGGGACUAAGACAGGGACAGAAGUGGACAGUUCUAAAGAGAUAGAAAAACACACUGAAGAAGGUUCUCAAGAAGGUUUCAAGAUCAGCCUGCCACAAGUGAGUUUCACCACCCAUCAGGAAGACCAGAUAACCAAGGAGGAAGAGACUACUAUGGGCUUCCUGAAAGUUACAACGACAAAACAAAUCAAGACAGAGACUGUAACAGAGAAGACACUGGCCAUAUAAGACAAUCAGAACUGUUUUUUUUUUUUUUUUUGCCAAACACUUGAUAUAACAACAGUAUUUAAUAGUUGCAGGCCUCACAUUUCCAAGAUAAUCUCUCCACUCUAACCCCUAAUGCAGCUUCGAUCAAAGAGUGCUAAAGACAUCAUUGUAAUAGUGACCUUUUUGGCUUGUUUCUGAAAUUGAUCAGUUUAAAUCAAACUAUAAUAACACAUUGCUUAAGAAAAACACUAAAAAACAAGGUGUUAGUGUCCUACAUAAUGAAUAUAGAGUUCUCUCUCUUUAGUAAAUGCUGUGGCGAGUAGUAUUGUGGAAAACAUUUAUAAUUGUCAUUGGGGCAAUUACCACUGAGUUGGAUAGAGCACUAUUGGGAUAUUGAUGCCAGAACUGGAAUUAAUACUCUAGAGUUAUUUUUCUUGGGGUCACUGGUUCAAAUGCCAAAAUUGUUCCAUGACAUUUCCUAAAGCCAGUUUUCAUUAUCCACUUAUAUGGGGCAGAUUACAUACUUCUUCUUGCUGUUUGACUGUCUUAGCUCUUAAUUUACCUGUUAUAGUUGUAGGUCAACAGAGAUGGCCAAUAAAAAAACUGCAAGGAGAAAGGUCCAACAUAAUCUAGAGCGAGGAGCAACUCCUUUAAUACUUGCUUCAAGUAUGGACGUUUUGUUAUCCCUGGGUAAAAAGUGUUAUACGCUGUACUUUUUUCAAACAUACACCACAUGGACAAAAGUAUGUGAACACCCCUCCAAAUAAUUACGUUUGGGUGAUUCCACAAAGGGAGCUGUUAAUACUAUAGCAUACAAAGACAUUUUGGACAAUUGUGUACUUCCAACGUUAUGGCAUCAAAUUAGGUAAGGCCUUUCUCUGGUCCAGCUUGACUUUGGCCCUUGCAACAAGC